AUGCUCAAAAGCAUGCAGUCAAUUGCCGUGAGCUUUGCCCAUGUAAAGUCCCCGGCUGACUCCGGAUUUAAGUCCCCUAUUUUAAGCGAGUCAAUUGCCAUCCUGCCUACAAUGCGUGAUGAUGUUGUUUCAUACUUGAAUAAAAUCAAUGAAACGGCCGCAAAGAAGGAUGACAAAUAUGACUUUUUCCGCGAGUCAGAGGAGUCAGAGGAGAUCGGCGAACAUCGUCUGAUGAUCGGAACGAUAGAGUAUGAGCUUAAAGACCAUUUAAAGUCUAUAGCCGAGACUCUAGGCAAAAAGAAAGUCCAGUAUGUUUCAGUUGCAGGGAUCGACUAUCUAGUUGAGGUUGAGAACUCUCAAGGUGCUUUGAAGAAAGUACCGGCCUCCUGGCGGAAGAUUAGUGGAACUAAAAAGGUAUCACGCUUCCAUACCCCUGAAGUCGUAAAAAUGAUGCGAGAAAGGGACCAGCAAAAGGAGUCGUUGGCUGCUGCUUGUGACACGGCAUUCUUGAGGUUGCUGUCGGAUAUUUCAACGAAAUACCAGCUAUUCCGGGACUGCAUCCAAGCUCUCGCAACGAUUGACGCGUUGCACUCGCUAUCUGUGAUUGCCGCACAGCCAGGCUAUGUCAAGCCCAAGUACACGGAUGACACGAUCAUCAAUAUUUCUCAAGGCCGCCAUCCGAUGGUUGAGAAGGUUCUGAUUGACUCCUAUGUGCCCAAUGACACCCAGCUAAGCACGGAUGAAACCAGGGCUUUAUUGGUUACUGGUCCAAAUAUGGGAGGAAAGUCUAGCUACGUCCGCCAAAUAGCUUUGAUCUGCAUCAUGGGUCAGAUUGGCUCAUACGUGCCGGCUGAAUCCGCUACGUUAGGAAUGCUUGACGCCGUGUACACUCGUAUGGGGGCAUUUGACAACAUGCUUGCAGGCGAGUCUACUUUCAUGGUCGAACUAUCGGAAACGGCCGAUAUCUUGAAACAAGCUACUCCACGUUCACUAGUGAUACUCGACGAGCUAGGUCGUGGAACGUCUACGCAUGAUGGUGUGGCUAUAGCACAGGCCGUGCUUGACUACAUGGUUCGCAACUUGAGAAGUUUGACCCUGUUCAUCACACACUACCAGAACCUGAGUCGGCUUGCAAGUGCGUUUCCAGGCGGCGAAUUACGCAAUGUCCACAUGAGGUUUACUGAAACCGGUGAUGAGGGACAGGACAUUACUUUCCUAUAUGAAAUUGGUGAAGGAGUGGCUCACCGAUCAUAUGGAUUGAACGUUGCCAAGCUUGCAAAUAUUCCAACUGGAAUAUUAGAGGUGGCCCAGGUAAAGUCGCAAGAGCUUGAGGCUAAGAUCAGCAGGAAGAAGAUGGGAGGCGUGCUCCGGGGUAUAUUCCAGACCUUAUCUGAUGAGAGCACAAGUGAUAGUGCUGGAGAGCAAAUUGAACGCCUUCUCAAAGACAUUGAAUUGUUGUAA